AUAAGAAGAUACCUUUUGAUUUCAUUUCCCCCAUGUUCUCUUACUCUAUGUAGCCAUUGCCACCACCAGUCAAUAAUGUAGCCAGCCACCACUCUACCACCACCAUGGGGCGGCGCACACGCAAAGACCACCACUACCCCACCACCAAGUCUCACACCCUUCCCUCCUCCCCCACCCACUCCUUCUCCUCCUCUUCCUCCUCCGACUUCGAAUUCACCAUUUCCAUCUCCCCCAGGAAAUCCUCCGCCGCCCUCUGCCCAGCUGACGAGUUAUUCUAUAAGGGCCAGCUCCUUCCCCUCCACCUCUCCUCCCGUCUCUCCAUGGUCAGAACCCUUCUCUCCUCCUCCUCCACCUCCUCCUCCUCCGACACCACCACCACCGCAUCCCGCGACUCCACCGCCUCUCACUCCUCCUCAGACUCCUCCUCCUCCUCAGCCGCCGACCUUCUCCACCACCUAGAUUGCGACUCCUCCCGCCCUAGCUCCGUCACCGACGACGAAUUCAAACGCCUCACGAACGCCAGCGACAACGACAUCCUUUCGCUCAACUACCACCACCCGAGAAAAUCAGCAAAGUACUUCUCACUCGCGAAAUUAUCCUCCGUCUUCCGUAAGGAAAACAAAAACGCGACGCCCCCUUCAGCCUACUCCGCCGGCGGCGCAGCAGUGAAGCGCGUGAGCUCAAGCGCGAAGGAAGUCAUACGGAAGUACUUGAAAAAGGUGAAGCCUUUGUACGAAAAGCUCUCCCAGAAACAGCAGCAGCAACAGAAAAUGUCUUGUCCACCGCAGUCGUCAUCAAGAAUCUCAAGAUCGGCGAACACUACUCUGUGCCUGACGAAAGAUAAAGAUGAAGAAUUCACGACAGGCGUAAAUUAUCCAAAGGAGAAUACCAACACAAGCAUUUCACAUUCCUUUUCAGGGAAUUUGAGGUACCCCAGAAGAAGAAGCUGCAUCUCGAGCUGCCCAUCGUCGAUGAUGUCAUCCCCCAGCCAUGGCAAAAGCGGGUUCGGGUUCGCACAAAUGGGUCGGGCCGGAGCAGGAGUGUACAAUUCAGAUGCUUCGUCAAUGGAGGAAUUGCAGAGUGCAAUCCAGGGUGCAAUUGCUCAUUGCAAGAACUCCAUGCUCAAGAACAAGAAUAUGGUCAGUAAUGAAAUUUGAGAGAUGAGCCCAAAAUAAAUAAAAAAAAAAAAAAUCUUGACGUACGUUUGAUGGUUGUAAAAUAAUUAACUGAGAGUAUUUUAUUAACAUCUCUUGUUGAUUGAUUAACGUAA